AUGCUUUCUUCUGCUGAACGAGGAUGCCCUAAGAGCUGUAGGUGUGAAGGAAAAAUGGUGUAUUGUGAAUCUCAGAAAUUACAAGAGAUACCCUUGACUAUAUCUGCUGGUUGUUUAGGUUUGUCUCUUCGCUAUAACAGCCUCCAAAAACUAAAACAUAAUCAAUUUAAAGGUCUAAAUCAGCUCACCUGGCUGUAUCUAGACCAUAACCACAUCAGCAAUAUUGACGAAAAUGCUUUCAAUGGAAUACGCAGACUAAAAGAGUUGAUCCUGAGUUCCAACAGAAUCACAUAUUUUCUUAAUAAUACCUUCAGACCUGUGACAAAUCUCCGUAACUUGGAUCUGUCAUACAAUCAGCUGCAGUCUCUGGGAUCUGAACAGUUCAGGGGCUUAAGGAAGCUGCUGAGUUUACAUUUGCGAUCCAAUUCCCUAAGAACCAUCCCUGUUCGAAUAUUCCAAGAUUGUAGGAACCUUGAACUUCUGGACCUGGGUUACAAUCGCAUCCGAAGUUUAGCAAGGAAUGUCUUUGCAGGCAUGAUCAGGUUGAAGGAGCUUCACCUGGAGCACAAUCAGUUUUCUAAGCUCAACCUGGCACUUUUUCCAAGACUAGUCAGCCUUCAAAACCUUUAUUUACAGUGGAAUAAAAUCAGUGUGAUAGGACAAACUAUGUCCUGGACCUGGAGCUCAUUACAAAGGCUUGAUUUAUCUGGCAAUGAAAUAGAAGCUUUCAGUGGACCUAGUGUUUUUCAGUGUGUGCCCAAUUUACAGCGCCUCAACCUGGAUUCAAACAAGCUCACAUUUAUUGGUCAAGAAAUUUUGGAUUCUUGGAUAUCCCUCAAUGAUAUCAGCCUUGCUGGGAAUAUAUGGGAAUGCAGCAGAAACAUUUGCUCUCUGGUAAACUGGCUAAAAAGUUUUAAAGGGCUGAGGGAAAAUACAAUUAUCUGUGCCAGCCCCAAAGAGCUGCAAGGGGUGAAUGUUAUUGAUGCAGUGAAAAACUACAGCAUCUGUGGCAAAAGUACUACAGAGAGGUUUGAAUUAGCAAGAGCUCCCCCAAAGCCAACAUUUAAACCAAAACUCACCAGGCCUAAACAUGACAGCAAGCCUCCUCUGCUCCCAACUAUCGGAGCCACCGAAUCCAGCUCAGAACUCGAGCACGACACAGAACACAUCUCCUUUCAUAAAAUCAUAGCAGGGAGUGUGGCCCUUUUUUUGUCCGUGCUUGUGAUCCUGCUGGUAAUCUAUGUGUCAUGGAAGCGUUACCCAGCCAGUAUGAAGCAGCUGCAGCAACACUCUCUCAUGCGAAGGCACAGGAAAAAAAAAAGACAGUCACUGAAGCAAAUGACUCCAACCACACAGGAAUUUUAUGUAGAUUAUAAACCUACCAACACUGAAACCAGUGAGAUGUUGCUGAAUGGAACAGGACCCUGCACGUAUAACAAAUCAGGCUCCAGGGAAUGUGAGGUAUGA